UCAAAUCGGAGCGAAAAUUUGUUCAUGGAGCUAAAGCGCUCACCAAUCAGUGAAUGUGAAUCAGUGGCGUCCCUGGUGGCCCAGUGCUCAUCCACUUCCCCACACCACCAUCUUCGGCAGUCAAUAAACCCAGAAAUGCUGUAAUAAUCAUCUUAUUUAUAUUUUAUCUUUUUUAAAUUCGAAACGGAAAUGAUUCCCAGACGCGUCUGCUUGGCGACAAGAUGAUGUUUCCCACUACGAAUUGAAAAACCCUCUUUUCCUGAUGGCCCUCGUCAUUCAACAACCCUUACUUGAAUCAGUUGGGUUUGGGAAUUAUAACAUGCUUGAAUUCGUCUGUACGCCACACUCCGACGAGGCAGUCUGGAAAUUUUGGAUUAAAGAAGAUUUACUUGAUCAAAUUCAGUUCUUACCUCAGCAGCUCAAUGCAAAGAGUCCUUCCUGUAGAUCCGCCUUGGUGCAUGGAAAUUGCACGUGUUUCAGCCUUACCUAAACCUAAUUUUCUUGUGCUAGUUGAAGACAUAAAUCAUGUUUUCCAAAAUUGUUCCUUUGCGCCUGCGGUAUGGAAAAAAAGUUCUACCGAUGGAUAUGUAUGCUGAAUUUUGCAAAACUACCCUUGAAUCUUGGAUUGUUCAUACACUCCAGAGUAAAAGGCUGGACAUCUCCUGGAAAGUGGGAAUUACCAUUAUAUGCUGGAAAUUAUGGGAGCAGAAUCUAUGGAGGACGAUCUAAUCAUUCCUCCAACUUCUCUGUGGGGACAAGUUUGCUUGUUUAAAACCAUGACUGUGGAAGCAUGCAAGAAAAAGCCAAUCUCCUACUGGAUUCUUCUUGUUCUCAGCAUCUUAGCGAUGCUUGUAGCAUUUCCUGCUUCCAGCCUUCUAUCUCGUGUUUAUUACUCGAAUGGCGGCAAGAGCAAGUGGAUCAUUUCCUGGGUUGCUGUUGCAGGAUGGCCCUUAACCGCUUUGAUGUUGUUCCCUACAUACUUUGCUUGCAAAACCUUCCCUACUCCUCUGAAUUUCAAACUCACUCUGUCCUACAUUUUUCUGGGAUUCCUAAGCGCUGCUGAUAACCUCAUGUAUGCUUAUGCCUAUGCUUACCUCCCUGCAUCUACGGCUUCACUUGUGGCAUCAUCCUCCCUGGUGUUUUCUGCACUUUUUGGAUAUUUUAUUGUGAAGAACAAGCUCAAUGCCUCAAUCAUAAACGCCAUUGUUGUGAUAACUGCUGGAAUGACCAUCAUAGCCUUGGAUUCAAGUUCAGAUAGAUAUGAUAACAUCACUGACAGCCAAUACAUCAUGGGAUACAUAUGGGACAUUCUGGGAUCUGCUCUUCAUGGGCUCAUUUUUGCGCUCUCAGAACUGGUCUUCAUCAAGUUACUACAGAGAAGAUCCUUCCAUGUUGUGCUAGAGCAACAAGUCAUGGUCUCUCUGUUUGCUUUUGUGUUUACCACUAUUGGGGUCAUAGUGAAUGGUGAUUUUCAAAAGAUGGCAACAGAAGCAAGAUCUUUUAAAGGCGGUCGAACCGCGUAUUAUCUGGUUCUCAUUUGGAGUGCGAUUACUUUUCAACUGGGAGUUCUGGGUGGUACUGCUGUGCUUUUCUUAGCUUCUACUGUGCUAGCUGGUGUGCUUAAUGCUGUAAGAACACCCAUCACAAGUAUUGCUGCUGUUAUACUGUUGCAUGAUCCAAUGAGUGGUUUCAAGAUCCUCUCUUUGGUCAUCACCGUCUGGGGAUUUGGCUCAUAUAUAUAUGGCAAUUCUAUGCCUGAAAAAUCAUCAUGACACGUUCCUAGAUUUCACUCUCCUUAAUUCGGCUGGCUUAUGAGUAAAUUCUGAUCAGAAAAGUUCUAUUUCUAUAGAAUAAGUCGUCAAUAUAAGAGACAUGUAACCACUCUAAAUGUAAGUUGAAUCUGUUCAGUAAUUCUUUCUUCAUAUGUCUCCUGAAUUGAUAUUGUUCCGGCUCUGCGUAUGGGGAUGUAACACAAGGCGACUUCUUGAUAAAUUUGUAAAUAUCAUGCAAUUUAUAUGUA